AUGUUGGGGUGUGCUGAGAAGGAGCCAGCACCCAAAGGUACUCCUGAAGAUGCAAGAAAACCAGUACAGUUGGAGGAUGUUGCAGCUGUGGCCGCAUUUGUCAGUGCAGCUGAGGUGGUUGUCGUUGGAUUCUUCCAGGAUCCAGAGCGACCAGAACUUUCAGAAUUCCUUAAAAUGGUACAAGAUAUGCAAGAUGUACCAUUUGGGCUCUGCACCUCCUCUAAUGUUCUUUCCCAUUAUAAUGUCACAACAAACACCAUCUCCCUCUUCCGUAUGGUGGAUAACAAGCGGCAAGACCUGGAAAUCAAAGACAGCAGCGGAAUUGACGCCACCAAGCUGAGUCGCUUUGUUCGGAUCAAUGAACUCCGCUGGGUAACCGAGUACAACCCUAUGACUGCAGUAGGUCUCUUUAAUAGCACCAUUCAGACCCACCUUCUCUUGUUCACUGACAAGUCAUCCCCAAAGCAUGCGGAGAUGAUGGACAAGUAUCGUGAAGCAGCAGUUCUCUUCCAAGGGAAGAUUCUAUUUAUCUCAGUGGACGUCCGUGCAAAGGGCAAUGACAGGGUUAUGUCUUAUUUUCACCUGAAGAAGUCUCAGCUGCCUGCACUGGCUGCAUUCCACACUCCAGAUGAGGAGCAGGAGGUGCUGUCCAUGGAUGAAGUCUCCCUGGAGACUGUAAGGGGUUUUUGCAAUGGUUUCUUACGGAGAAAGGAAUUGAAAGAAAACUCUAAGCCAGAGGAUAAGAUCUUCAAAGAGGAACUCUGACUCUGUUCCAACAGCCUCUAGCCACAACCUAAUUCCUGCUGUAGUUCUGUGCAUACUCUUGUCCUGGGGGGUUGGGGGAUAAUCAGCAGCAACCAACAGUCACACAACAGAAAUGUGCCAGACCAUGUCAGCUGAGUUCAAUACUUCCUUGAUUCUCCCAUAAUGCUCACAUUGGCCAGACCCACACUAUACCUCUGGCUUUCACCAGAGAUAUAUGGGAACUGUAGGGUUAUUUGGGAGAAGUCAUGUGCUUUACAUGUGCAUUGAAUAUGCUUUAAAGGUAUAGUCUGGGUCUGCCCAUUGCCUUUCCUACUUUACCAGCUCCAUCUUUUCAGUUUUGUUCUUUGAUAAUUCAAGCUCUGCCCUGUUUUGCAAAC